UCAACAAUUUAGGUAAUUUAAACUGCCACAUGAAGUUACACACAGGUGAUAAAUUCUAGUGUGAUGCGUGUUGGAUGGAAUUCAACCAAUCAGAGAACUUGCAGAAAGACAUUAUGACACAUACAGGUAAUAAACAUGCUGCAGACAAACCUUAUAAAUGUGAUGUGUGUGAAAAGGCAUUCAACUGGCCAGGAAAAUUACAGGUACACAUGAGAACACACACUGGUGAAAAACCUUAUAAAUGUGAUAUCUGUGGGAAGGCAUUUGCACUGCUGCAUCACCUUCAGGAUCACGCAAAUAUUCAUACAGGUGAUAAACCUUAUAUAUGUGAUGUGUGUGGGAAAACAUUCAACAAAUUAAAUGCCUUACAGAGGCACAUGAGAAUGCACACAGGUUAUAAACCUUAUAAAUGUGAUGUGUGUGGGAAACAAUUCAGCCAGUCAUGUCACUUUAAAGAACACAUGAGGAUACAUACAGGUGAUAAACCUUAUAAAUGUGAUGUGUGUGGGAAUGCAUUCAACCAGUCACAACAAUAACAGAAACACUUGAGGACACAUGCAGGUGAUUAUCCAUGUAAAUGUUUUGUGUGUAGGGAGGCAUUCAUCAAUAUACACCACUUACAGAAGCACAUGAGGACACAUACUGGUGAAAAAUCUUAUAA